AUGUCCAAUUUCCACAAAUUCAACGGCAAUACGGCUGAUAAGCCGCCCAAGAAUGAAAUGGUUUAUCUUCCCGGCGUGAUGUCGCCCAAUCGGAAGUUUGGCGUUUUCCGCAAAGUACUACAUACAGGCUUGUACUCCCAGUUUGUUGCUAUGGAAGUACCAGUGAACGGAGAGAUCGGAGAUGAGAUUCACACUGUCGACCAAACGCUCAUCUUCACACACGGAAAGGGAAAGGCUAUCGUUGCUGGAAAGGAGCAGGAGAUCAAGGAGGGCGAUGUCGUCAUCGUUCCCGCAGGUACCCAGCAUCAAUUUCUUAACAUUGGCGAUGUCCCCUUGGAAGUGGUGACAAUCUAUGCGCCUGCCGAGCAUUAUCCGAGUACUAUGCACCAGACCAAAGCAGAAGGAGAUGCACAGGAAGAAAAGGGUGAAGAUGAGGCCCCGGAAUGGAGUCAGCGAAGCAAGGCCGAAAAUGAGAAGAUGGGGCUGGUGAAGGGGGAGUGA